GUAAAAAUCUAAUGGUUGCGUAUAUGAAGUGUUUAUAUACCAAUAAAAACGAUAAUUCCGCCUGUCGAAAGGAAGCUAAAGAAUAUUUGGGCUGUCGUAUGGAUAACAAUCUUAUGACCAGAGAAGAUUGGACAAAAUUAGGUUUCUCCAGUGAAGAACACAACGAAGAACAUUAAAUAAGUAUGGUUAAGAUACUGGUUUGUUGUACAGGAAGUGUCGCUGCAAUUAAAUUACCCCAGUUAUUGCGUCAAUUAAAAACUGACAUUGUGGGAACGGAUUCAGUGGUAAGGGUGUGUCUUACAGAAAGUGCAAGACACUUUUUAAAAAAUGAAACCUUUGAAGAUGAAACAAUUUUUGUGGACUCAGAUGAAUGGGAGGCAUGGACAGUAAGAGGUGAUCCAGUUCUACAUAUUGAGCUUGCCAAAUGGGCAGAUCUACUUUUAAUAGCUCCACUAGAUGCAAACACAUUAGCAAAAAUUAGUAAUGGAAUUUGUGACAAUCUUCUCACAUGCGCCGUACGUGCCUGGGACCUCUCCAAGCCUCUAGUCUUUUGUCCAGCAAUGAACACUAAGAUGUAUGAACAUCCCUUAACUGCAAAACAAAUAGAAAUUCUGAAAUCGUUCGGAUAUUAUGAAGUUCCUGUUAUAUCAAAAGAACUUAUGUGUGGUGACGUUGGACCUGGUGCAAUGGCAGAAGUGCCAACUAUUGUUGAAUUUGUUAAAGAUAUUUUGAAGAAGAAAAACUCUUCUUAGGUUAGUUAUUGUUUAUACUACCCAUUGGUUGCUGUAGAUUGUUAUUUUUAAUGUUAUUAUCAGAUUAUUUAACUUAUACAGGGUAAUUUAAAUAGUAAACGUUUGGAAACAUAA